GGAGGAGGAAGGGAAGAGUCAUUCCGUAGUCUGACAAGCAGGAUUGCCAUGGGCAACUAGUCUGACACUAGAGUCAGGGGUGGGUCAGUGGUCAAUGUGUUGAACUAGGAAACCCCCAUUCAGCCAUGAAGCUCAAUGGGUAAUCUUGGGCCAUGCACUGCCUUUCAGCCCAACCUUCCUCACAAGAUUGCUUUGGAAGGCGGGAGAACCAUGCAUGCCACUUUAAGAUCCUUAAAGAAAAAAGGUGGGAUUUAAACGCAAUAAAUAAAUAAAUAGCUACCCACCCACGCCUGGUUCUGCCUGCACGCCUCGUCCCUUCUGCACAUGCGGGGUGGGGGGAAGCCACAGGGCCCCAAUUCUAUGGGGAGAAACCCCCAAGCAGGAGCAGGAGGGUCUUGGGAGCGGGGCAUCCAGAAGACACCAGGAGGCUCCUUCGCCUCCCCGCGAUCCCGCUAUUUCGGACUCCGACUCCCAGCAGCCCCCGCCCGCCCAGCGGCCGCCUCCUCUUCUCUUUCUCCCUGCCUGAAACGUGAUCGCCCGGCCCGCCGACGGCGCCCUUCGCCAGCUUGGAGGGAAGAGCCUCUCUAUUAAUAGCGAACUGUUGGCAGGCUCCGGUCUCCGUCUUGGGACUCGCCGCGGGCUUGUGUGGAAGGAGCCUGGUGGCCUCCGCGGGUGCGGGGACUGCGCGCUCUUGCUGCGCCUCCGCCAUGGCCAGCCCUGCGCUGACAGGCCGGUGGCGGCGUCGGCUGCACGCCGGGGCUGCUCCGAGGCGCCUGCUCUGAACAAGACCUGCCCCGAAGUAAGCCUUCUCCCCACCCCAAGGCCAGCCCCGAGGCGGGGACGGGGCUGCGUGCGGCCCGGGGGACUCCAGCUCGGGAGGCGCAGGGCCGGGAGGGACCGAGCAGUGCCCGGCGACGAUGCGCCUCCAGCUGGCCCGAGCCCCGGCCCUUCCCUCUCUCUCGGAGCGCCCGAGCAACCUGCGGCGCUGCCCGCUCGGGCACAGGCGAGGAAAAGCGGGUCGUGCAGCUCCCGAGCCGCUGUGAGCGCCCCACCGCCCGGGCCCGGCUCCGCGGCUCCUCCUCUUUUUCCAGGCCCGGCAGCUGCUAAGAAUAUCGCGGCCGCUGCGGCCGGCGCUUGCUCGGCCUGCGGGAGCCGCGCCUGCUGCAGGCAGCGCUCGGGCGCCGAGGGAGAGGCCGCGGCUUCCCCUCCAGCAACAGGCCAGGUGAGUGGGCGCCGGUGCCUUCCCAGCUGGACAGCGCAGGCCUGGCGGCUUCGGCUUCUAGCGCCUCUGGGUUCCCUCCUCGGCUGGUGGGGCAGCGAGCUGAAAGGCCCGGCGGCCCCACCAAGUCCUGCUGUGGAGGAGCAGGGGCUGGGCAAUGCCAGGCAGGCUUCUUUGCCGGGGCAAGGCCUCCCCUGGUACAGGGGAGAUCUCGAGGGAGAUGGGGGUCCUUGGCCUGGUGGGGUGGGAGGGGGCUGCGCUGUUGCAAAAGGGAGCCCAAAGGGGGAGGUGGGGGCUCAGAGUGCCCAGAGAAUGUCCCUGCCUGGACUGAUGCCUACACCUGUCCUGUCCUGGCUCCGUUGCAGAUGUUCCCUCUGGCACCCCCGGGAUGAAGCUGAAGAAGCAGGUGACGGUGUGUGGGGCAGCCAUCUUCUGCGUGGCUGUCUUCUCCCUCUAUCUGAUGCUGGACAGGGUCCAGCAUGAUCCUGCUCGGCACCAGAAUGGGGGCAAUUUCCCUAGGGUAAGUGCGUUGCGGGCAAGACCUUCCUCCACCUGCUGCUUUGCCCUCUUUGUGCCCUUUGCAGAGACACAGGAGCCACUGCCAAGGGGUUCCAAGAGUGACUUGGUGGGUUGGGGUCCCUGACUGUCUCCACAGCAGUGGCUCAAUCUCUUGUCCGAAGCGGCAGGGUCAGAGAAGAGCGGCAGCCCCCCCGCCACACUCUAAAGAGCUCUCCCCCAGUCCUAGUCCCUUGGCUGCACUUGCACAACUGCUGGCAAGAGUGGGAAGGGGGCUGUGCCACGCUGGACGUCCCUUUUUGCUCAGCCGGGCAGUGUUUGGCAAAGGGAGGCAAGGAAGAAGGCGGGCAGGCUUGAGUGUUGGCAGGCUGCUCACAACUUCCUCCUACUUGUGCCACCUCUUCUGCUCCUCGUCCUCUCCCCCGCCCCCGCACAGAGCCAGAUUUCGGUGUUGCAGAACCGGAUUGAACAGCUGGAGCAGCUCCUGGAGGAGAACCACGAAAUCAUCAGCCACAUCAAGGACUCCGUCCUGGAGCUGACAGCCAAUGCGGAGGGCCAGCCGGUGGUGCUGCCUUUCCACAUGCCCAAUGGCUCCUGGGUCCUGCCUCCCGAGAGCCGGCCCAGCUUCUACUCCAUCUCCGCUCAGGAUUGUCAGUUUGCACUGAAGAGCAACAGCCAGAAGGAAGACCUGCAGGUCAGUUGGGUGGGGUGGGGGUUGGGGGACAGGACUGUAUAAAUGGUUCUGCCUGGAAAAGUUGGAGGGGGAAAGAGGAGUGAAGAGCAUGAGAAGCACCUAGUUGCUGCUGGAUCAGCCCAAAGGGGGCCCCAUCCAGCCAAGCACCCUGUUCUCGCAGUGUCCUCCAGAUGCCUCAGAUACCUCUGGGGCUGAAGCUGAGCACAAGAGCACUCUCUCCCCUCCUGCCAUUUCCAGCAACUGGUGUUAUUUGGUGGAGGGAGAGGGAGAACACAGCACUUGUGAUUGGAAGCAGGACCCCAGUGCCUUUGGUGUUCACAUGACAGCACAGUGGUUCCCAAAAUUAUGCUACCCUAAACUCCUUCCCAGUGACAUCUCUAUGAAAAGGAGUAUUCAGAACCGUAGUUUUCACAACACAUUAAGGAAGAUAAUCAAUGCUUUUUCUGGGGGGAACGCAGGGGUAUGCAUACCCCUAAACAUUUUGUGAAUCUAAGUUUGGCCUCAUUGAGGGGCAGUAUUUCAAUAUGAGUAGGAAAAUAAGUGUACCCCUAAAUAUUAUUUUUUUAGAAAAAAAGCGCUGAAGAUAAUAAUACAGAUAAAUUCAGGACAGUAACAAUUAAUUGCAUGUUUAUUCAAAAUCCAAUUAAAACUAUUAAUUCAACAAAAUGGAUGAACUUGAUCCAUUGAGCUUUUCAAAGUAUGAUAGUCAUUUACACCUCCAGUGACCCAUCUUGUCCUGCAUCUGUUUCUCACGGUAGCUACCUAGAUGCCCUGGCGGGAAGCCCACAAACAAGACCCAGGGCCUCCUAAGGCAAGGGGAGUAGCUGGUGCCCUGAGCUGCGAGGCUGCUAAGGGCAGAUUGGCUUGGGGUGGCUGGAAAGGAGACUCUUCCAUUGCUAUGCCUUGGUUUGACUCUCUUGUCCUUUCCCAGAUGUUGGCUGUGUCUGCGUUGCUCCCCUAUGACAACCAGGAUGGUGGGGUGUGGAAGCAAGGCUUCGAUAUCACUUAUGAGCCACACGAAUGGGACGCCGAACCACUGCAAGUUUUUGUGGUGCCACAUUCCCACAAUGACCCAGGUAAGCAAGCUGGGCCGUGACAGACAUCAUUCCCCCAUUGCUUGGUGAGAGGCUCAUUUGUAGCCAGGAGCAUCUGCAGGGAAGGCAGGGGGUUCAGUUGCAACCUCCUCACCCCAGUGAGCCACAAUCCCCAGAGUCUCUAGCACUUGUAGAACCCAAGAUAGGAAGCAAAAUGUGUGUAUAGGUGGAGGUACGUUGCCCUUCUUCCAAUCUGGUGGCCGUUGGCUGUGCCAUCAAGGGGUUGAUGGGAGUUGUAGUCCAGAGUCCCUGAAGGGCAAUUUGUUGAGGAAGGCUGCUCAAAACAGGCCUGCAGUGAUGUUCCCUUUUCUGCUUCCCCAAGGCUGGAUCAAGACAUUUGACAAGUAUUACUUCGACCAGACGCAGCACAUCCUCAACAGCAUGGUGGUGAAGCUGCAGGAGGAUCCUCGACGACGCUUCAUCUGGUCCGAAAUCUCCUUCUUCUCUAAAUGGUGGGACAACAUCAGCGCCCAGAAACAGGCUGCUGUCCGCAGGUAACAAGAGGGGAGGAAGGGGUUAACUCUCAUCAUUUCCCCUGCUCUUAGGAUGGUUGGUAGGAAGAUGUUUAGGACAAUAUUUCUUUCAUUUUUUAAAAAAGGCAUUUAUAUUCCACCUUUCCUCCAAAGAGCUCAAGGUGUGGCGUACACAGUUCUUGUAUUCUUAUCUUGUAUUUUUAUGUUGUGAACCACCCUGACAUCCACGGACAAAGGGGGCUAUAAAAAUUUAAUAAAUAAUAAUAAUAACAACAUAAAUGUUUAUGGAAAGAACAUACUUCAUGCAAAUGAGAAGUCCUGCUGAAGUAAGUUUUUUUAAAAAAAAGAAGAUAAUUUUUAUUAAAGAUUUUCCCCAUUUACAAAAGUACGUGCAUUGUCUCUUUUUUCACGUUGUAAAGUCUUUUCUACAGAUCAGUUACAUUUGAUAUGAGAUAUUAGUGUUGUAUUCUGAAGUAGGCUUUGUAUUCAUGUGGCAGACUUCAUUGAUUGCCUCCUCUGUGGGAAGGUCCACUCUUGGGCUGCUGCUGCUGCUGCUGGUGGUGGUAGUUGCCUCUAACCUUGACCUCUCCUUCACAGGCUUGUGGGCAAUGGGCAGCUAGAAAUGGCAACUGGCGGGUGGGUGAUGCCAGAUGAAGCCAAUUCCCACUACUUUGCCAUGAUCGACCAGCUCAUUGAGGGUCACCAGUGGCUGGAGAAGAACAUUGGUGAGUGCUGUGCGCAGACUGGGCCAAGUUUGGGGAGCGGGUGGUGGGGUGGCACCAGCCACAUUUGUGCUGACAGCCAGAGCUUGAGCCAGGCAGAAGCGCUGAGAGUGGUGGGAGGUAUAGAAUGGAGAGAAGCACCAUGGAGGUCUGCAGACUGGAUGGGGAUAGUGAACCCCUCUGCUGUGUGUAGUUCUGCAGAGCUUCUGUUGCUUUGCCAGACCCAAAGGAUAGAAGAUACAAGGCAUGCCACAUUAUAACUUGGGUCUGCAUAGGAGCAUUCAAGCCUCCUGUUUCACAUGGCUCUUCAGAAUCUCGAGUGUGUUUGAAGUGGGGCAGGUUACAACGACUGAAACACAGGCCCUUGCCUUUUCUGCUGCUGACGCCUGUCUUUUCUCCUUGCUCUUCAGGGGUGACGCCGCGCUCUGGCUGGGCAGUGGACCCCUUUGGCCACAGCUCCACCAUGCCUUACCUGCUGCGUCGUGCCAAUCUGACCAGCAUGCUCAUCCAGCGGGUCCACUACGCCAUCAAGAAACAUUUUGCAGCAACCCAGAAUCUGGAGUUCAUGUGGCGGCAGAGUUGGGGUGAGGGGUGUGUGAGUGGAGGCCCCUGGAUUGUUUAUGCCCCAACUUGCCUUUUAGGCUCUGCAGAGUCUUGCCUGCAAACCCCUCACAGCCUGGCAGCUGGAGCAGCUGGCUGCCAGUGUCCUCCACCCCCUUUAGAGGCCAAUGCGUCCUUUGUCCCUCGUCCCCCACAGUUGGGGCUUCCUCCCACUGCAGUCAGCACUGGCCACCGGGAGUCAUUUGCUCCACACACACCUUCUGUGGGGCUCUGGACUCCUCCCUUGCCUGGUGUGUGCUGUUGUGGGUUGCUGGUGUGUCUGCAUUGCGGGUGGCAGGCGAAAGUUCUUCCUGACAGUUCCUGAGUCUCCGUUUGCCCGGGGCCUUUCCUGAGCAGCACAGAGUGACCCUGGCAUUGACCCCCUCAGAUCCUGACUCCAGCACCGAUAUCCUGUGCCACAUGAUGCCCUUCUACAGUUACGACGUGCCCCACACCUGCGGUCCCGACCCCAAGAUCUGCUGCCAGUUUGACUUCAAACGUUUGCCAGGGGGCCGCAUCAACUGCCCCUGGAAAGUGCCCCCCAAGGCCAUCACCAGUGCCAAUGUGGCUGAGCGGUGAGUGGCUUCUCAUGAUCACCCUUGGCUCCUUGGGGUGGUGGGCCUGCCCCCUUCCUUCCAAGCCCGCUCACACGCUUGCUUCUUCCAUCGACCACCUGCCCUCUGCUCUCCUAGCUGGGUUCUGUGCCUCCAGGAAUGAUGCAGCCCCCACAGAGCCCAGAGUGCUUGGGGACCGUUUGACCAACUGCCUCCUCCUCCUCCUGAUUCCAGCAUCUCCUAAGAAGAACCUGGCUGCUGGGACAGGCCCAUCUAGUCCUUCAUCUUGUUCCCACAGUGGCCAACCAGGUGCUCUAUGAAAGCCUCCAAGCAGGGCCAGAGCGCAACAGCAUUCUCCCCACUUGUGCUUUCUAGCAGCUAGUAUUUAGAGGCAGAACAUAGUCAUUGUGACCAGCACCCAUUGAUAGACCCUUCUCCCCUGUUGAGUUUCUCCGACCCUCUUUUAGAGCCAUCCAAGUUGGUGGCCACAUGUGGCAGCAUGAAGAUCAGACCAUGUCAGCCAGGCUUACAGGCAUGUCCUGGUCCUGGUUGUUGACCACCCGUCCUCUCUGCAGGGCACAGCUCCUGCUUGACCAGUACCGCAAGAAGUCCAAGCUGUACCGCAGCAAAGUGCUCCUGGUGCCGCUGGGGGACGACUUCCGCUACGACAAGCCCCAGGAGUGGGAUGCCCAGUUCCUCAACUAUCAGCGCCUCUUUGACUUCCUCAACGCCCACCCGGAUCUCCAUGUGCAGGUACAGCCACCUUGGCUCGAGUGGGGUGCUUCCUGGGAAAGGGUGGGGUGGUUUGCCCCCUUGGGAGAAAGAGGGGGCUGCUGCUGAGUGCCCCACUCCAGAUCCUUGGGGCGGAGUCUUCUUCUGGGGCUCUGGGGGGCAGUUUCUUCUCCUGUCAUGCAUGGGGCCUCCCCACCAUCCCAAGGUACUGGGUGUCUCCCCCCCCCCCAAGGUUUCUGAUGCAGUUUCAGCUUAUGCCUCCCCCACAGGCACAGUUUGGGACCCUCUCGGAUUACUUUGACGCCUUGUACAAGCAAGUGGGCAUCGUCCCUGGAAUGCGCCCACCCGGCUUCCCUGUGGUCAGCGGGGACUUCUUCUCCUACGCGGACCGAGAGGACCACUACUGGACCGGCUACUACACUUCCCGGCCCUUCUACAAGAGCAUGGGCAGGGUGCUGGAGGCACAUCUCCGGUGAGGGGUCUGGGGGGGUGGUGGAGGGAGGGAGGAGCCUCCCUGCCUGGCAUCUUCUCCUGGGAGAACAAAGUUUACUCACAGCCUCUUUCUCCCCCCGCCCCAUCUUUGCCCCCAGCGGUGCCGAGAUCUUGUACAGCCUGGCUCUCAGCCAUGCCCGCCAUGCCGGCAUGGACAGCAAGUACCCGCUCUCAGACUACGCCAUGCUGACGGAUGCACGGCGCAACCUGGGCCUCUUCCAGCACCAUGAUGCCAUCACUGGCACUGCCAAGGAGGCAGUGGUAGUGGACUAUGGGGUCAGGUGUGUGUAAGGCCUGGCCUGCGUUGGUAAGGCCUGGCAUGGGUUCCCUGCAACCAAGGUGUGGCAGUGGGGCUCUGUGCCCCAUGGCCUCAUGGUCAUCUUUCUCUCCCCCCAUCCUCUUCUAGGCUGCUCCACUCAUUAAUGAACCUCAAGCGGGUCAUCAUCAACGCUGCCCAUUACCUGGUCUUGGCAGAUAAGGAGGCCUACCAUUACGACCUGGCGGUGCCCUUCCUUGGCGCAGUGAGUCACAGCUCACCCCCUGCUCCUCUGUGCCCCGAGGGAGCGAUCUAGAAGAUAUGGGGUGGGGAGGCCUGGCUCUGCUGCCCCCAGGGAGAGGGGACCAUGGCAAGGGGGCUGCAGCUCAUGAGCUGGCCCCAGCCAGGUCCUACCCUGUGCUUCUAGCCUGACCCAUUCUCUCUUCCAGGAUGAGGCCCGUCUCAAUCAAGACUCCCUGCCAGAGAAAACCAUCAUCAAGCUUGAUGCAACACCCAGGUGGGUGAGUGGGGCGGGGGCGGGGGGCUGCCCUUGAGAAAAGAGGUGGGGAGCAGGCAGGAGACACAGCAGGGAAGCGGGUCUUCUGGGCCCUGGGCUGGGACAUCAUGGGGUUAUGGACUUGAGCCUGGGAGGGACGGACCAAACUGGCCAGUCUUGCAACCUCCCUGUUCUCUGUUGCAGGUUCGUGGUAGUGUUUAACCCCCUGGAGCAGGAGCGGCUGAGCAUUGUGUCCCUGCUGGUGAACACGCCUCGUAUCCGGGUCCUCAACGAGGAGGGGCAGCCCCUAGCGGUGCAGCUCAGUGCCCAGUGGACCUCUGCCACAGACAUGGCACCCGAUGUCUACCAGGUAGAGCCUGGAGGGAAGGCAGGCGGAAGUGGGGACAACAGUGUUCAGCCACCUGGGGCUUGGGAGCAACAUAGCUUGAUAAUCUUCUAGAUGCCACCAGACUCUUCGUUGUCGGAGGUGGAAAUUGGCUGGAGAAGGUGCCCAGGUGCCCUUCCAUGCUGACGGGCUCCCAUCUUCCCAUUGGGCUGCUCCUGUGAGUUUACCAUUGGGGCGCACUAAGGCUUACCAGCAUGCCUCUUCUCCAAGGAUUUGUACAGAGAAUUCUGCUGCUCACCUGGUGGCUGCUGGGCCCCUUGUAGUGCAUUGAAUGUGUGUGCUUGGGGGGAGCAAUGGGAACUGCUGCUGCCCUUGCCUGUGCUUCGUUUGACAGGUGUCCAUCAACAUGCGCCUGCCGGCCCUGGGCCUCAGCAUCCUGCAGCUGAGCAAGUCCUUUGACAGCCACAACACGCUGAAGUCCUCGGUGCGCCUCUUCCUGCACGGGCGCGACCUCCCCGUGCACAAGCACGAGGCCUUCCCGGUGCGGGUCAUUCCUACAGCCACGGAGGACUUUUGCCUGGAGAACCAGCACAUGCGAGCCUGCUUCUCUGGGGGCAGCGGUUCCCUCAAGGUGAGGGCGGGCCCACCAGGUGGGCAGGUGCGGCUUAGCUUGACGGCCAAGGGGAAGGCCCCUUGUGGAUCCCUGUGCUCACCAGGACUCCACUUGUUCCCUGGCAGAGUGUGCACCAGGCAGGCGACGCCCAGGAGCAGAAGCUGAGCAGACAGUUCCUCAUCUAUGGGACCCGGAGCACCAAAGACAAAAGCGGUGCCUACCUGUUCCUGCCUGACGGAGAAGCCAAGGUCUGGGCAGGGCUAGCCCCCGUGGGAGCUGGGGUUGGUAGGACAUCUCCCGGGUAGGUGGGCUGGUUGGGGGGAAAUGAUUCCCAGCUUAGACCAGGUGUUGGUGUCUCACUUUCUGUGGCUGGCAUUAUUAUCGUCCUGGUUGGCACAGGAGACAGCCCACUUCCUCUCUUUUGGACUAUAAACGCAGUUCAAGACAAAAUAGCCAGGCCACACAUUUUGAACCACAGUUCCCAUCAGCCCCAGCCAGCACUUCCAUAUGGUACCCUGUGGCUAAUGAGAGAUGUAGUUCAGAACAUCUGGAGGGCACCAGGUUAGGGCAGGCUGGACUCCUGUCUUUAAGGGAGGUGGAGUCCUCCAUGCCAGUAAUUCUGCCCCUGAAAAUCUCCCAAGUAGACCAAUGUUCCUCACUGUCUGCUUCAUUCUUGGGCUUCCAGGCAACCUGUGUCAUGUUUGGUAAAAGAGCAUCUUUAGUAAGAAAAGGGAGGUAAGAAAAGGCAGGUUAGAAAUGGUGGGAAAUGAAAUCCAGACCCUCUCCCUGGUAAGAACACCUGCCUGUUCUGGUUAGUUAGUUAGUUAGUUAUUUAGAAUGUUAAAGGGACCCCUGACCAUUAAGUCCAGGCGAACGACUCUGGGGUUGUGGCGCUCAUCUCGCUUUACUGACCGAGGGAGCCAGCGUUUGUCUGCAGUUUUUCCAGGUCAUGUGGCCAGCAUGACUAAGCCGCUUCUGGCGAACCAGAGCAGCGCACGGAAACACUGUUUACCUUCCCGCCGGAGCGGUACCUAUUUAUCUACUUGCACUUGAUGUGCUUUUGAACUGCUAGGUUGGCAGGAGCAGGGACUGAGCAAUGGGAGCUCACCCCGUUGCAGGGAUUCGAACCGCCAACCUUCUGAUAGGCAAGCCCUAGGCUCUAUGGUUUAGACCACAGUGCCACCAUGCUGCUAUUUCAUUAAAAAAAUCAAAAUCAAAGUGGCUUUCAACAAAAAUACAUAAUACCAUACAGUGAAAGCAGAGCAAAAGUUAAAAACAGACAAUCAGAUAAUCAUUGUGGGAGGAAUUGCUCUGAAUUGCUUACAUAGGCCUGGCAGAAUUAAAAAAAAUAAUAAUCAGCAGGUGUUUAAACAGUUUGCUUGGGAGGCAUCUGCUGAAUCUCUAGUGGCAGAGAGUUCCUUGAUGUUCCUCUCCCUUGCAGCCCUAUGUCCCCAAGGACCCCCCUGUGGUGCGGGUGACGGAGGGACCCUUUUUCUCAGAGGUGGCCGUUUACUACCAGCACAUCCAGGAGGUGGUCCGGCUGUACAACGUGGCAGGUAUGGGGCUUUGGGGACUGGGAGAGAGCAGCAGUGGAGAGCUUGUCCCAUCCCUGCCUUAGGGGCGAUGCAUCCUGUUUUGCCGCCUGAAGCGACAAGGGAAGGUGCCACCCCAUCCCACUGUGCUGCCCCCGCCAAAGCCUCCCUUACCAGGGUGGCAGCCAUAAAGUAGCAACAACAAUGGCAGAAGCCACUGCCAGCGCCACUUCUCCGCCAACGACAGUGGUGGUGGGGCAGCUGCGGAUCCCAUGGGGGCACCUCCUCUUGGACUUCGGUCACCCAAGGCGGCUGCCUCCACCUGCCUCAUGGGCAGGCAGGCAAGCCCUGCUUCCCAUCAUUGCUUGAUUUGAGCUCCUCCCUGCAGGGGUCGACGGCCUGUCCCUAGAGAUCUCCUGCCUGGUGGACAUCCGAGACCACAUCAACAAGGAGCUGGCCCUGCGAUUUAGCACAGAUAUUGAGAGCAAAGGCACUUUCUUCACUGACCUGAACGGCUUUCAGGUAAUGGGCAGGGAGGGAGGCUGAAAACACACACACACCCUGCCGCCCUUGCGAAGAGGCUGGAGAGGGACUGCCUGCCCCCUUGGCUUCUCAGCACUCUCCUCUCCUGGCAGAUCCAGCCCCGCCAGUACCUGAAGAAGCUGCCUCUCCAGGCCAACUUCUACCCCAUGCCGGUCAUGGCCUACAUCCAAGAUGCGCGGAGCCGUCUGACGCUGCACACGGCCCAAGCCUUGGGCGUCUCCAGCCUCAGCAGUGGUUAGUGGAUUGGGACAGUGGGCAAAGCUGUCUCUCCUGGGGUGGCUGCAGACAGGAAGCACCAGGCCUGGGACUUCUCCUUCUCCCAAGACACUAGGAUGCAGACAUCCUGUGAAGCUGAAAGCUGGAUGAUGCAGAACAGAGGAAAGAAAGUCCUUCUUCCUGCAAGGCAGAUUCAACUGUGAAACUCGCUCCCACAGGAGGCAGGGAUGGCCACCAACCUAGAUGGCUUUAAAAGAUGGUUGGAGAAAUUCAUGGAAGAGAGGGCUAUUGAUGGCUACUAGUAGACAGGUUGGCUGUGCUCUGCCUCCACAAUUGGAGGCAGCAAUGCUUCCGAAUCGCAGUUGCUGGAGACUACAGGAGGGGAGAAAGUCCCCUUGUGCUCGGAUCAUGCUUGCAGGCUUCCCACAGAGGCAUCUGACUGGCCACUGUGAGAACAGCAUGCUGGACUAGAUGGGCUGCGGGCCUGAUUGAGCAGACUCUUAAGUUCUUCUGAUGUCUAGGCAUAGUAGGGUCUUCUGGGACUGAGCCAGAAGCCUGAGUGGGGAGGAGGAGCAGUUUGUGGGAUGGGAGGUCAGCCGCAGGGGGUCUGUGUUGGGGCUUCAGCAGCUGCUGCUGUGCUGGCAGGAUCCCCCUGUGUGUCAGAAGUGGGCCACCUGUCUAGGUUGGAGCUCCUCUUACUUCCCCCCUUUUCCUUCCUCUCUCUUCCCCGGCUCAACUUCCAGGCCAGCUGGAGGUGAUUCUGGACCGGCGCCUCAUGCAGGAUGACAACCGUGGCCUCGGGCAAGGCCUGAAGGACAACAAGCGGACCUGCAACCGCUUCCGCCUCCUCCUGGAGCGACACAGCGCGGCAAGCAAGGUACAAGGACUGGGUGCUCAGCACCCCUUGCAUCUGGCCACUCUGCCCAGGCACCUGAAUCUCCCUUGCUAGUUGGCUGGGGUUUUUCAGAGUGCCAACAAACGUGUGCAGAGUUUGAUGCAGGCUUCUCUGAUAUGUUCAGAAGGACACGAAAUCUGAGGCUCCUUUGGGGCCCAGGCCAGCCCUACAGCUCAAGAGUGGGACUGGGCUGCUUCUGCUUGCCAAUCUCCUGGGCACCAGCACCUCUUGCAAGCACCCCUAAGGAAAGAUUUUCCUUUGUGUUUGGGAAGCCACAGCAGUUCCCACACAGAUGAUCCCAUAGCUGGGAGUUCAUCUUGCAUGAUAAAAGUCUUAUGUUCUACCACCCGUCCCAGGCUGAUGGAACCUUGAGCUAGCUCAAAAGCCCCACAUUUGCCCUAUUGCACAAAUUAUUCCUCUGUGCCAGGAUGUUCAGCAUAUUGCCUUUUCCCUCGCUCUUCCUUGGAACUCCUGCCUGCAACACACUGCAGAGCACCCAUUUGUUCAUUCCAGCAGCGCUUUAGUCAGAUCAAACAGGUUAGACACAAAACGCUUCCAAUCUUUGUCUGCUGUGUUUGGGAAGAGAAAGGAGAAAGUCUCUUCAUCCUGGGGACAGGAUUCCUUUGUUGUGUUUCAGCCAAAAGGCUCCCAAGAAUAAACAGAUGCAUGCAAGUACAAAAUAAUGCUGGAUGAUACAGAUUCAAAACAUUCCAACAGUGUUUACAAUAGUGAUUUUGGCUCUCAGAGGGUAAACUGCAGGGUCUCCUUCAGAACAAUUGCAGUAGAGACGUAAAGGUGGUUCUAUCCAUCAGCCGCUGGUGAAAAGGUAGAAGACUGAGUGUGGAGAGAGUGGUGUAGUCAGUCUCUCCUAGGGAGAAGCAUGAAUGCCCCCAGAGAUCAGCCAUGGGUUGUGUGAAAUGGAGCAGCCGAAGAAGGUUGCUGAGCAGUGAGGGGAAGAAACACCAUUCAGAGUCAGCAGAAGGAAGUCCCUGGCAGGCUAGCUUCAAAACAAGGGAAGUGGGAAGCACACUGUUUCCUUGAGUAGCAUGUAAAAGAGAGGGGUUUUGGGGGGGGAACCUGCCCCCCACAUGUGCCAGGAGCUCCUCCAUCCCAGGUGAGACGGCCUGUUCCUGGCCUCCUUGCUCUGCAAGGGCUGUGCACCUUCGGAUCAUGUUGUAACAUGGCUGUUCUCACCGCCCCUCUCCCUGCCCCCAUUUCCACCCAGAGCUCCAGCUUCUUUUCCAAACUGGCCUCCAUGCUUAGAGACUUGGUCUUUCCCAUCCACAAGGCCAACAGCCAAGAGGUAAAACCCGGCCCUGUCUGGUGUGCUAGCUGGUGGUAACGUAGCUGCUGGGCCCACCUCUGUGCCAGUGUGUGCGUGGUAGCCUGGCUUCUAGCUCAGUGGCCAUCAUAGCUUAGAAGGCGGGAGGGCGGGCUUCCUGUGGGUGACCUCCUGGCCCCCAGAGCAUCUUUGGCCCCUGGGGGUGGGACACACACCUGCCUGUCAUUGCUGGGCUUUCCUUCCUUCCCAGGCGGAAGCUGGCCAGGCAACGAGUUUCCCAUCUCUGCUCAGCCACCUGACCUCCAUGCAGCUGAAUGCUGAGGUGCUGGUGAUGCCUGUUGCCCAGGAGAAGCCACCGCCCCCCACCCUGAGGCCCUUCCUGCCCCUCUCGGGCCCCCUGCCUUGUGACUUCCAUCUUCUCAACCUGCGCACCCUGCAAGGAGAGGUGAGUUGCCCCCUGGGUGGGAGGGCGCUGAUGGGGAUCAAUCACAGCUUUCUAGAAGCGUAAUAAUAAUAAUAAUAAUAAUAAUAAUAAUAAUAAAUAUACCACUCCCAUCUGGCUGGGUUGUCCCAGCCACUCUGGGUGGCUUCCUUAACAUAAUAAAACAUCAAACAUUAAAAACCUCCCAAUGCAGGGCUGCCUUCUUAAAGUUUUCAGUGUCUUCUAAAAGUUGUAUAGAUAUUUAUCUUCCUGACAUCUGAUGGGAGGGCGUUCCACAGGGCAGGUGCCACUAUCAAAAAGACCCAGGUAUACUGGGCUGAGGCCAUUUAGGGCAUUAAAGGUCAGCACCAACACUUUGAAUCGUGCUCAGAAAUGUACCAGGAGCCAGUUGGAAGGGACAAAAAAGAGUCAUUUGCCCAGUGUGGGAAUCACAGCUCACCCUGACCCAGCCUCUGCCUGUUUCUCCCCUGCACUGGGCCCUGCUUUCUCUCCCCACCCCUUCUAUGACCAACACCCAUGCCUUUCUCUCCAGGACGAUUCACUGCCCUCCACUGAGACGGCUCUGAUCCUGCACCGAAAGGGCUUUGACUGUGGCCUGGAGGCCAGGAACUUGGGAUUCAACUGCACCACCACCCAUGGCACAGUAAGUGGAGAGAUGCCAUGAUGCCUCUGAGGGAGAGAGGGGCAGGAAUGGGCAACCCAUGGGAGAGCAAGAGCUCUGGUGCUGUGGGGAGGGUGGAAGGAUGGGUUCCUUGGGCUACUGCAAGAGGCAGCCAACGGUGCUGGGUUUUGCUGUCUUGGAGCUUUGCUUUCUUGACUGAAUGGUAGGCUGCUUCCCUCUGGCAUGCAUGGACUGGAGUCUGCUUUUGCGCUGACCCCCCUCUCUUAACCUCUUGUGUCCUCACUAGCUAUCCCUGGGCGGCCUCUUCCAGGGCCUUGAACUGGCCUCCCUGCAGCCCUCCUCCUUGACGCUUAUGUACCCGCUGGCCACGACCUCCCCCAACAGCACCUCUGUCCACCUGGACCCCAUGGAGAUUGCCACUUUCCGCCUCCGUCUCGGAUAAGACGUCUCGCUGGCCCAGACUGGAUUUCAUUGGCAAGUCAGGCAUUGGACUGGACGUUAGCACUUCCCCCACUGGUAUCCAGGGCAGACAGGAUGUGGCCCAGCACCAGGAGGCUGCCAGGAUCCAGAGACUCAUUAUUUAUUUUUCUGCUCCUAAAAGACAGUAUGGCACCAAAGGCCCGGCCAGACCAGGCUGGCCUGGCAUGGUGACGCCUCCUGAGCAAAGACUCCACAACACCCCUUGCAGUUGGGUGCCAGAUGCUGGAGGUGACUGGCUGUGCUGUCAGGAUGGGAUGCUGUGGCAACAGGUGCAGCAGCAAAGAUCUUGGCUCAGUCCCGCCCUCUCAGCUUUCAGGAAAGGAGAUCUCUACGUUCUCACCCUGGAGGCUCCGUUUCACAGCUCCUUCAAGAGGGAGGCAGACUUGAUGUAGCAAACACUGGAAGGAUGUUACAACUUGUGAGCUUCCUGGAGUUCAGAACAAGUUUUUAGGAAACAAAAACAAAAUAAAAUGUUUUUUAAAGUGUUUGGCUCUCGAGUUGUUGUGCUUUGGGCCUGGCUUCUCGUGGUCCAUAUCUCAGGAAGGGAACGUGGGGGCGGGGGUAGUUCUGUGUGGGUGUGCACAAUCCUCUAGAUCUGCAAAGCCAGAGCCGAAAGGUCAUGGAGGACGUGUGACCAGAGGGAGCCACUUGACCCCUCUCAAAUCCUUGAGACUUGCCC